GCGUCGAUAAUACGCAAAAAGCCAUACCAAGCGUAAACUGAAAAUCGGAGUCGCCAAAAAGCCCAGCUCGCUGCUUUUGCACCCCGCGCUGCCAUUAGCCAACCCAGCAGCAGUCAACAGUCGGGUUCGUGCGCCUGCUGGACACGAAGCUCUUCGUGUGGCCGCCGAUGCGUCUGUUAAUUCAAACGGCAACGGCAACGAGAGGCGCUGCAGCAGCUGGUCUGCAGUCCCAUUCGCAGUCCCAAUAUAAUUACAGCAGCAUGCGUGAGGACGACAUCGAGCUGGCCAUUAAGGUGGUAAUCGUUGGCAAUGGGGGCGUAGGUAAAUCUUCAAUGAUCCAGCGCUACUGCAAAGGCAUCUUUACGAAGGACUAUAAGAAGACGAUUGGUGUUGAUUUUCUAGAGCGUCAGAUCGAGAUAGAUGGCGAGGACGUGCGCAUCAUGCUGUGGGACACAGCUGGACAAGAGGAGUUCGAUUGCAUAACCAAGGCUUAUUACCGAGGUGCCCAAGCCUCAGUGCUGGUGUUUUCAACGACAGAUCGUGCCUCCUUCGACGCAAUCAAGGAAUGGAAACGUAAAGUGGAAAACGAAUGCAAUGAAAUACCAACUGUGAUUGUCCAGAAUAAAAUCGAUCUUAUCGAGCAGGCAGUGGUCAGUGCGGAUGAAGUUGAAACGCUGGCCAAAAUGCUCAACUGUCGACUGAUACGCACUUCCGUUAAGGAGGACAUCAAUGUGGCCUCUGUGUUCCGCUAUCUGGCCACAAAGUGCCACCAGCUAAUGACGCAGACCUACGACCAAGUAUAUGGCAGUAGCAACAGCACUCAGCAGGCGACGACGCAUCCGUCCUACAGUAAUGCGCCGACUAUCAGCGCAUUUAGCCCGACCUUCACUAAGUCAAGUAGCGGCACUAUUGUCCUACGUCCUGCCAAAAAGAGCAGCGGAUCAAGUGCGGCGCGAAAGCGCAAAAUUGUGCUGAAGAAAUGUGGCAUAUUGUGAGGGGAAUGCAGAGAGGGGCAUCUAUCUUUACAGCUGUUGGCAACUAAUAACUAGAGCAUAUUUAACGCUUAAUUAUUUUAGAGCCCCCACAAAAUCAAGUUGUAACCAUGUGGCCAGCCAAGCGUUUGAAGUCAGCCAUUCGCUAGUCGUGCCCAGACUCCGCAACAAUCUCAGUUGUUGCAUGAUAUGUGCAGUGGAGCAGAGGCAGGAGUUAAGGAGCAGAAGAAUGACUGGAGGAGGGGAUGUAAACGAAAUAAUAAAAUUACAGCCACGCAAAUCAUGCAUUCUAGCAAAAGAAAAACAAAA